CACUCUCACUCUCUCUCACUCUCUCUCUUACACUCUCACUCUCACUCACUCUCUCUUUACACUCUCACUUUCUCCAGUCAUCGUCUCCUGUCCUGCUGUGCUCUCGCAUCCUCGCUCCCUCUCACGCCCCGCCCAGCUGUAUGGAAUCCAUGAGCUAGCGUCUCCCUUUGUCUGUCGUGGUGGUCGCGGUGGCUCUGCAUCUUCCCGCCGUCCUGCAUGUCCACUCACAACGCCCGCUGUCCCUCCAAGCUUCAUGCACCUCUUAUUAAAACAUUGGCCAUCCGGAUGAUCGUCAAAACCUCAUCUUUCAAAUCCCGCCCCGUGAUUCGGGAACACCUUUCGACCGUAGCUCUUCGUUGUCAAUAACGAUUUCUCUUCUCCACGUCUUUUGCCUCCCCUCCUCUCCCCCCACACAUCGUCUCCCGCCCUGGACCCUCAGCACUACUACCUCCAUAGUUGGCGGACAACGAUGGAUGAGUCCGACGCUGCUGCGUCAAACGACCCCGCCGAAUCAAACCCCGAUCCUGCCCUUAUCUCCAGCUCACCACCCGAAGCAGUCGUCCCCAAGGCCCCCAUCAAGCCCAUUGACUAUGUCUCCCGUUUCUUCGAGGCGGGUCAGAGCAACGCCAUCGAGCAGCUCGUCGCACUCAAGGAUGAGCUGAGGGAUGCCGACACCGAAUCGUUUUGGACCCGGCUCAUGGAAGGAUUGACCACGAUCUGUCAUGCUCAGUGUGCGUUCGUCGCCAAGGAAAGCCACAAGGAUGAUGAUGAUGAUGAUGAUGAUGAUGAAGACACCGACGUUGAGAUGCUGUCUUUGGACGAACGUAGUUCUUCUCUGCUAGGUGUGGCUGUCUACUACAACGACGGCAAGGGGUUUCAAGCGAUGCAUAGAGAUUACAGAUAUCUGUCCUGGGAUAUCCCCUGUACUUCAAUGAAUCACGACAAGGUCUGUCUGGUGCCGGAGAGCUUGCCUGCUGUUAUCGGGAAAGAUGCGGAUCGACUGCCUUUCCCCGUCGAAGCCUAUCUUGCUGUUCCUCUCUUCUCAGCGGGGAGGUGUUUCGCUCAUGUAGGCAUGCUGUGGACGGCGGAGGGCUUGCUCUCUCGGGACGUCUCGUGGCCGUAUCUUGAAAUGAUUCUCCAUUCCCUGGAAGACUUGAUACUUCAGCAUAUAGCCGUCGAUGAAGGCCACAGGAAACCUCCACACCUUCAAAGGUGGGAGGAGCUCGAUAGGAGGUUGUUGCAGGGCAAGCCCACAAAAACGGUUGUAAACCAGAGCAAUCCCAUGGCUGCUCCAGCUUUUAAACCGUAUGCAAGAAGCUUAUCACAUGAGCUUCGAACCCCAAUGCAGGGUGUGGUCGGUAUGUUAGAUAUCAUGCAUGCUACCGUUCAGGAGAAGCUUGAGAAUAAGCUGGAUCCCAGCUUGGUCCCAAUGUUUACUGAAUUUCGCGAAAACAUCGAAGCGGUUCAAGAUAGCGCCAGACGGGCCAUUGAAGCGGCCGAUAAUAUCGUCCAUGCGUACAACUUGAACAUGCAGGUCCCUGAUACCCCCCAGAACCCUGCGGACGAAGAGAUGCAAAACGGCUCGUUUCGAUCAAGCGGCGACUCACAUGAAAAUCGCCCAAACAUAUUUAUCGAAGGCAGCAAUAUCAUGGUCAACCCCUACAAACGCAGGCGAAGCACUCCAAUGGACUGGCAGUCCUCAUCGUCGCCGAAACAUCGAUGCACCCCUUCGUCCCGCCGUGGAGUCUCUCCUCGCACUGCAGAGUUAAGAAGUGCGAUCGAAGAGAGUGACAAGAUCGUACACUCUACGCCUCAAGAUGCGAUGGACGACGCUUUGUUGGAUGCUGUCGCUCGACGCCCGUCGACAACUCGUGAAUCCCAGUCGUCGCGUCCCUUACGCGCUGUCUUUCCGCCCAUGGUCUUGCACUACACAAAAGUCCGAGACUUGCUUCGCCUGGUCAUCAACGAGUCGCUUCAAGUGGGUGGCCGCCCGGAUUCAGCCAGAGUCGAGUCCACAGAUUGUGGUGAAAGAAUUGAAGUACAGACGCUGGGUUGCAACGGUCAAGCCUCCACAAAAUACAUCGACUGGUGGGUGGAUCCAUCGGUCCCAGAGAGCCUAUGUGUCGAUGAAAAGGACCUCACGAAACUUGUCUCUUGCGUGUUCCUGAAUGCCCUCAAGUUCACCGAAGUUGGAGAAAUUACCGUCGCCGUCACAGUCGGCGGCAAACCGCCUUGUGUCUUGAUCAACGUCAAGGAUACCGGAACGGGUAUACCGGAAGCCUUUCUGCCAAAGCUGUUCAAACCCUGGGCCCGUGAAGAUGGCUCGACUACACGAAGCAAAGAAGGACUCGGGUUGGGUUUGAUGGUCGCUAAGGGGCUGUCUCGAAAGCUCGGCGGAGAUCUAGUAUGCGUUCGCUCAUCGACGACGGAGCCGAAUCGUGGCUCAGAGUUCCAAAUUCGGCUUCCCUUGUUCCCUAGCGAUAGCGUCAGCCGUCCACCCACCCCUUACACGAACAGCUCAACACCUAGAUCUACUGCACCGUCCGUGGGGACUGAUGGUGCACACAGCCCCCCUACCGAUCAGCCCAAGCCAAAAAUAAAUGGAGAAGUUUCUUCGCCUCUGGCCUCGCCGACGCUGCCUGACACGAAGGAUCCCGGUCAGCAGAACGGCGUUCAUCAGAGUCAAAUGAUACGCCGCUUGUCUGGAAACUCUAAACCGAUACCGCUUAUGAGGCAUACAUGUGAUAAGACGUUGGCCAAAAGACACCCCUUGACAUUCCUUGUUGCGGAAGAUAACAAGAUCAACCGUCGAAUACUGGUUAAUAUGUUGGCAAAACUUGGUUAUAGCGAUGUCUACGAGGCAUUUGACGGAAAAGAGGCAGUACGGAUCGUGAGCGAAAUCCUAUCAAGCCAAGCCUCGUCGCCUCCUCCGUCAACACCAAGCGCGCCUAUUUCGACCCGUUCGAGAAGCAAUUCCGAUAUCACCUUACCCAAUACACCUGUAAACCAGCCCCCCAGCAACCACAGUACCUUGGCCAUGGACCCCGCAAAUCCAACUCAAACUCAAUCACCGCCGGACUCUGACCAGGAAGCUGACAAGACUCUUCCUUCCACCAAGGAUUACAAAGCCAUUGACCUUGUUCUGAUGGACCUUUGGAUGCCUGACAUGGAUGGAUACGAAGCAACGGAGAAGAUCUUUGCGUUGGUAGAGGAGUACCGCGAGCGUCUUGCGAAUAUUGAUCUCAAUGCAGAUGGCCAUGGCCAAACGUCACAGCCGGUAUCGCUUGGACCCCCAACGGUGUUUGCAGUCAGCGCAGAUGUGACAGACGAAGCGCUGGAUCGGGCAAAUCGCGUUGGGAUGGCGGGAUAUAUGACGAAACCAUACAAACUGAGAGAUUUAGAAAGGCUGAUUGAAGAGUUCUGUUCUGCGAGGGAGCGAUAAAAGAAAAAGACUACAUUUUGGAUCACGGAUUUUUGCUUACUAUCCUUCUUUUUUUUUUCCCAUAUAACUUCCCUCCCUCUUUCUGUUACUGGUAUCUGAAUCGGUUCCGCUAUGUACAGAGCACCUUUUGUGAGGUCCUCUGCAACAUCGUAAAUGAUAUCCCCUCUUUGUUUGCAUUGGGUUUUUGCCUUUUCGUCCUAUUCAAAGCCUUUUUAAUUAAUUGAUGAGGUAUGAUAUUCCCCGACAAUAAUCAAUGAAGAAUUACAUAUUUCGGCUGAGUACCUUA